ACCGUUCGGUGCUGAAAUGCAACCCUCCAAAAUAACAAAUGAAAACAAAUUUUUGUUUAUAUGAAUCACACCCGCACAAACAAUGGGCAACAUUGUUGAUAAGAUAAGAUAAGAAACUUAACACACACAUCGCGUCGCGAAUGAUUCCAGUUUGUCCAAGGAGUACGCCAAGUAUUGUCAAACAAUGGCAACUCACGCCGAAAAAGAAUUCUACCAAUUGAACAUUAGUGUAAAUAAAGCUUUAAAUGGCUUGGAGGCACCACUCAAAACCAAACAUGCUCGCUCCAUAAUCAUCAUGAUUCACAAGACCAAGGAGGCGAAGAGCUUCUGGAUGAUGGCCACCCGCCAGCCAUUGAUGCAGAGCCGGUUUACAGCCUGGAAGUUCUUCCACCUCCUUCACAAGGUCAUGAGGGAGGGCCACGACAGUGCGAUAAGGCAUUCGCAGAGCCACAAGAAAAUGAUCCUGGAGGUGGGCAAGAUGUGGGGGCUUCUGCAGGAUGACAUUGGUUGUUGUAUACAGUCGUACAGCAAUCUCUUGGCGUCUAAACUGAACUUUCACGACAAGAACCGACUGUUUCCUGGUAGCUUGAACAUAUCCUUCACCGAACUUUUUGUUGCUGUAGAUAGGGACUUGAACUACUGUUUUCAAUUGUGCGUCGAAAUCUUUGACUAUUUGGAGGAUAUCAUUGCCCUGCAGCAGACCAUUUUCGCGUCAAUGAACCACUACCGAAUGUCGUCUAUGACGCCCCAAGGACAAUGCAGAUUGGCGCCAAUUGUUUGUCUUAUUCAGGAUUCCAAUGCUCUCUACGACAUGAGUGUACGUCUCAUGUUCAAACUUCAUGAUGGUUUGCCUUACGAUGUUCUGUCCGGCCAUAGAGAUCGGUUUAAUGGCCUGUUCUUGAAGUUGAAAGAUUUCUACAACAAUGUUCGUCCGCUUCAGUAUUUCAAGGAUUUAAUAGUUGUUCCAGAACUGCCAGAGUCAAGUCCAAAUUUCAAGUCCCAGAAUGAUUUCACCAGUUACGUACCGCCAGUUGUCCAUGUGCCGCAGGAACCCGAUCCAGUGGUUGAGGAUCUGGUUGAUACAAAUAAUGUCGAGGCUGAGGCAUAUAGUCAAGCGCAGCAGCAGCUGACGGUUUUGGAAGGAAUUAUUAGUGAGAAGGAAGCUGGCAUUGAGGCGCUUUCCUUUAAAUUGGUGGCCCUGCAGAAAAACUUUGACGAACUGGAACAAAGCUACAGACACGAUGUAGAGGACUUGCAGAAAAACAACACUAUCUUGGCCAAUGAUCUGGCUCUUUCCAGGGAAAUGUGCGCCAACAUGCGUAUGCAAAACGAUGAACUGGAACUCCAGCUAAACCAGAAUCCAAUUCUGAUGCAAAAGGCCAUUGAAGAAGAGGAAAAACACAAGCUGUCUUCGGAAAAGUUCAAUAAACUCAAAACACUGUACACCAAAAUUCGGGAUGAACACAUUCAGUUAUUAAGAGAGCAAAGUGAAUCUAAUAAAUCGUUAAACAAAGAAAAGCAAGUCAACUCCCAAUUGGUAUUGGAAACAAAGGCACUUACCAACGAAAUCUCCAAGAUUAAGGGAAACUUUGAGGAAAAAGAUAAAGCCAACUUGGCUUUGCAAAAGCAACUCGAUGAGCAAAUCGAAAAGAUAUCGCAGCUCGAAAAAGUCAAAAAUGAAAUUAAUGAAAAGUACGAUGAUGUAGUUAAAGAAAAGCAAAUGCAGCAAUUAGACAUAAAUUCUACCUCUGAAAACUUGAGGCUAAACUUCAUUAAAAUCGAGGAACUUACUGCCGCGUUAAAUGACGCAAAGGAAAAAUUAUCCAGUGCUGAAAGCCAAAUAAUUGAAAAAUGUACAGAAAUCGAGAACAACAUUAAGGCCAACGAAGGGGAGAAGGCUCUGCUUCUAACGAAGAUAGAGGAACUAAAUGUCGAACAUAAAAGCAGCAAUGACGCUCAAAGUGCCCAGAUACUGCAGACCAUUAGUGACUUGAAGCAGAAGGAUAUAGAAUUUAAUGAAAUUAAGGAGAAACUGUCAAGUGCGGAAAGUCAAAUUAGCUUGAAAACCAGCGAAAUUGAUCAAAACUUUAAAGCUUUUGAAGCGGAAAAGGCCUUUCUUCUGACUAAAAUCGAGAAUUUGAAUUCGGAGCACAAGACCAUUAACGAUUCACAAAAUGCCCAGUUGCAGCAGACAAUAAAUAGUUUGCAAGAGAAGGAAACAGCAUUCCAGGAAUCGGUGGAAGCUAUUAAGAAACUGCAGCAGGAAAAUGAGUCAGUAGAGCAACAAAGAGCAGAUUUGCAAAGCAAACUCUUGGCUGCUGAAAGCCAACUCUCCCAAGCCACACAACAAAUAGAGUCCGUAACAAGUUCCUACCAAACUUGUAACACAGAUUUGAACGAACUUCGAAAGUUGGUUAUAAAAACUGUGAAGGAGAUCUGUAAUUCGAAACUGAGUGGAUCAGAGCAGCAACCACUGGAAGCUAUACCAAAUAUUAUUAAGGAGAUGGAGCCCCUGUUGAAUAAAUUCAACAACUCUGCAGCUAUAAGUCACUUUACUUCAACGGAGGGAAUGCACGAUGUUAUGUAUUUGGGAUAUGUGUUUAUAAAACUGUAUGAUCAAUGCGACAUUGUUUACAAAACCACCACGGCUAUAGAAACGGGUCAGGAAAUCUUCACAAAAACAUCUCUGCUCUGCUCGGAUGUUUGUCAAUUGUUCCAGUAUUUAAUAAACAACGAGACGAAAGACAGCGAAAGGCAAACAAUUUCCUCCAAUAUACAAGCAAAGUUGACAGAUAUUGGAAAACUAGUCGAAAAGAUUAGGGCUACCAUCGAGCAGAAGAUCGAUCUGGACAAGCUUCUUGAAAUAGAACUGCGGGAGAUGGAUGCUGCCAUCGAUGAUGCUGCCUCGAAAAUCACCGAACUGCUGGCAAAGGCUCGGGAGAAGGACAACCAAACCAAUCUGGAGGUGAAUGGGAAAAUUGUGGACGCCUGUACGACUCUAAUGGAAUGUGUCAAGGUUUUAAUACAAAAGUCGCGUCUUCUGCAACACGAAAUAGUGGCGUCACAAAAGGGAAAUGCAAGUGCCAAUGAAUUCUACAGAAGAAACAGUCAAUGGUCGGAUGGAUUGAUUUCCGCAUCGAAGAGCGUAGCCAAGGCGGCCAACUAUCUUGUUGAGGCGGCAAACAAGGCCAUAGAGAGUGAGUCUGGUAAAAACUUUGAGCUUAUUGUGGCGGCCCAGGAAAUAGCCGCCUGCACAACGCAAAUGGUUAUAGCCAGCAAGGUCAAGGCCGAUCGCAAUAGCCAAAAGUUAACAGACCUUACCAAAGCCUCGCGCAGUGUGACCCAGGCCACAGGUACGCUGGUGGCCACCGUUAAGGAUUGCAACUCGCAGCUGGAGCAGCAGAGCGAACUUGAACUGGCGAAACUAACGCCAUCGCAGAUCAAGACGAUGGAGAUGGAAAUUCACGUGAAAGUACUCGAAAUCGAACAGGCGCUUCAGACGCAGCGCCAGAAACUGUCAUCGUUUAGGAGAGAGCAUUACAAAAACGCCGAGUAUUAAAUACUACUGUUACUAAUCUACCUUUAAACUACUAAACAUUCUUCUUUUAUAAAUGCACUUCAUGACAACAACAAAAUAUACACAUAUAUGUUACAAUA